AUGCCCGCAAUCUCCUUGAACGCACCCACCACAAUCACCUUCCCUCCCGAUACGACCUCUUUGGAAGUUGCAUGGCCGACAGUGCAUGUAGUUACUCUUCCCGGGGGUGCAGUAUCGGUAUCAACCGGCCUGGAGAGAACAAUUCAGACCGCUGCACUUACCAUUCCUCCUGUUACGACAACAAAUAUCGAUCUGUGGAACUGGAGGGUUACCGACCCUGAUGCUCCAAAAGCCACAUAUGUUCUUAUGAGCAGCAUCCUCCCGUCUCCCCUUGUGGCCAUGAACAUCCCAGGCAGUUCAGCAAUUGGGCCAAAGACCGGAUCUGAUGAUUCCCAUCCUCCUGGGACAACCAAGGGAAACAACCCUCAGAGAACAGAUGAUGGCAUGAAACACUUGACGCCUGGGUUAGAUGACUCCCACCAUACCCGAGCUGCCGGGGGUAAUGAAAGGGACCGAGAAACGAGACUUGAUCUUGACCAUUUAAUCCCUACAUCCGACCUGCCGGGUGGUGCAACAGACUCUCUCAUCAUGACUAGGACAAUUACUCCGCCACCAUAUCCAUACGUCCCCGAUAUAAAGACCGAUGACGACCACGGUCGGAGCAUAUUACCCACCGUCAUAUUUACAAAAGGUCCCCCCGACCCUGUUUGUACAGGAAAUUGCGGAUUAAAAUGCAAGGCUCCAUUUUGCCGUGAGCCUUGUGAGCAUGAUUGCCGUGAUGGGCGCGACUUCUUUUCUGAGAAUGACAAGACGAGACCUAAAAAUGUUGUUAAUAAAUGCAGCAGUCGAGACUGA